AUAUAACAUUAAGAGCUGAUAUUGUAGUCCCAAUUUAACUAUACGAGCAUUAAUUUGUGACCGUAUAAUUUUCAAGCAUCAGGAAAGAUGAAACUGGAUAGUGGAUAGAAUACCCCUGUGGGAUACCCAGGCCAAUAGCCCAGUCUUCUUGUCAUAGAGAAAAAAUAAAAUAAAUAAAAAGUCACAAUUAAAAACUCAAAACUUCAAAAGUCAAAACACGAAUUGUGUCAAAUUUGAGUACCUAGGCUACCUACUUGAAGAAGAUUUGAAGUGUGAUUUGAAGCUCGGAUUUGAAGGUUCAAGGCGGUUCAAGGACUUCAAGGGCAAAGGGCUCAAAACAUUCAAACUUCUGACUUCAUAACAAUUAUCAAUUAAAGAUAAAGAACUUUAUUGAGACCUAUGUAAUUAACUUUUCAAUAAAAAAUAACUAUGUCAAGUAGAAUACUUUGGGGAGAAUUUGAAGAGCCUGAACCGGAUGAAACGGUUUUACAAAGUGUAAACUUCAAUCCAAUCAUAGAACUAGGCAUGCAAAAUAUACCCGAAAUACCAAUUACUGUAAAGUCAUCGCCUAUUGAAUUACCAAAGCCAAAUUUAAUUACACAUACUAUUGAACUGCACGCUUACGCGAGACAAUUGUCUGCUAUACUAGAACAGACUGAAAAUUCAGUGUUUGAAGGCGCACGACUGGACGCUUUAAGUUUGCCGAAUCCACCUCCUGAACCGGACUUGAUAAAUAAACAUGUCGCUGUACCUCCCAUUAAUUUCCUACCAAAAGAAUAUUGUGAUUUUUCCCUCGGUAAAGGUCCAGUCAUUUUACCAUUUACGCCUGAAAGUCACAAGAGGGCCUUGCGACAAUGUGCAGCUAUAGGCAUAGGACAUGUUGGUAUACCUACAUGUACAAAUACGGCUUUAAAUGCAGUCGCAGAUGCAUUAGAUUUCUAUUUGACGAAUAUAUGUAAGCUAAUGCGCACUGUAGCUGAUAGAGAAGCAGGUGGGUUAAAAUCAGGUUUCCCAGACAUUAUAUCGAAAGUAUUUGCAGAUUUAAAUGUAGGAAACUUACAUGAAUUUUAUGAGAAUCGUGUUGUUCGUUAUCACAGUAGAAUUAAAGCGAAAUGUGAAGAUCUAAGGGCCCAAUGUGAAACUUUGGCUCUUGGAGAUAUAGCUCCACAGCUGAAGCUUGAAGAAGUGCCAGAAUUACAUUUCCCUGCUGCUUUGGACAGUGCGUUCACACCAUCGCUUGAACCAGGCUUUCAGAUGCUACAUAGUUUAGAACAAGAGCAAUUACAGGGAUUGGACUUGCUUGACACUGUAUCAACAGAUGACAUAAAAGUAGAAUCAUUAGAAUUUUCACAGCCUGAAACAGCCAAAAUGUCAUCCCUCUCACCUAAUGCAAAGAAAAAGAGGAAAUAAAUAAGUGAAUAUUA